CUGUGCUGCACAGUAUAGGGUGUUCAGUUACAACGUAUUUUCACUCACACACAUAAGGUUGCGUGUAUUCGUACACACACAGAUACACUUGCAUAGACCACAUAUGUAUACAAAUUGGCGGACAUAUUUAUAGAUUUAUACAUACCUUCCUAUACCUGUAUCUUUUGACAUAUAUUCAUUAUAUUCCGGUGGUUAUUACGUCUACUAAGAUUUCACACAUUAUGGAUAACAUAGUCAUGGGAACCGCAGAAGGAGACAGCGGAGAAGAAGGCGAGAUAGAAGAAACAUCACACACCCCCACACAAGAAGACCUGAAUGAAGACAUACAAAGUAUACUACAACGCAAUGUACUAGUGACCACCUCUAAUGCAGUACAGGAGGACCGCAUACAUCAGAUUGUACACAAGUACGGGAUUAAUAGGCUGAACGAGUAUAGGUACACAAGUGGCAGACACGAGAAUGGUAUAACUCAUAUGUGUGUGACUAAGGAUAGACUGGAUGUGCUGAGGUUGUUGGUAAAGUGUGGGCUGGAUUUGAACGCACAGAGACCAUCAGACGGAAGCACAUGUGCACACGUGGCUGUACGAGCGAAGCAGAACACCAUGGUGAAUGAACUCAGAACACUUGGAGCAGACCUGACUAUCCGGAAUAAACGUCCCCUAAGUUGUUAA